AAAACAAAACAAUGUCCAAAAAGAACCAAUCUCUUCCGUUCAUAAGUUCUCAGAGGUUUCGUAAUGUUGUUGUAAAAAUGCGCAAUGAUGCAUAUAAAACCAGAUCAGUCUGGUUCAUUACUAGUAACGAAACAGUCGAAGCCUGCUCCAUCUUCCAAGAUGUUCAAACUAGGUUUUCUCUUAAUUUUAGUUUCAUGCCUCGCAAUUUCAGUCCAAUGCGUCGGAUUUGAUCCCUCCUGUUUCCAAUCGAGCUCAUCAAAAAAGGCCGACGAUUGCUGUUUACUUCCGAAAUUCUAUGACAGCCAGAUGGUUUCGGACUGCUUGACUUCUAUAAGUAAAUCCACAAACGACGUGGAAAAAUACCAGUGCUUGGUAGAAUGCAUAGCAAAAAAGCUGAACUUGCUCAAAGGCAACACCCUGGAUCGUGAGGCCACGAUGCAAUUGUACAAAGCCAAAAUUGGAUCAGUUCCUCAUUUCGCACCGAUUAUGGACAACAUUUUCCAACAGUGUUAUGACGGAAUGGCCGUCUACGCAGCUCAGGACCGAUCAGACCCUACGAAAUGUAGUGCCCUGCCAAUGAUGCUACUCAACUGUAUCCAGACCAGGCUGUUCCAGAAUUGUCCAGCAAAGUUGUGGCAAGGAGGUCCCGCGUGUCAAGAGCUUAAAGAAAAGUUAUUAGAAGGGUGUCCGUAUGCUGCUAUUGCGUCGUUUUAAAAUAAUAAAAAUGUUAUUCUUUUUUGUGUUGUUGGUAUUGAGCAUUUGGUUUGCAAAUAAAACGAUUGAUUAUUAUGUUCACU